AUGCCUCUACUUGAGCCAAUCACUUUCGUAUCAGCUCCUAUGCGCCAGGCAGCAGCUACUCCAGUCAUUACGGACAAAGCUGAGAAUUUGACUUCGUGUUCGUUUUUAAAAUCUUUUGAAGCUGGUUCAAUGACGCAGUGUUUACAACCAUUGGUGACACCAACUGGCAUCCACUCGCUCUCGAAAUCUGAUCCACCAACUCCUCCGCGAGGGCCCCCGCCGACCCCGCGCCGUAGAGCGCAUAAUGAACUGUCAAGAGCUUACCCUCCAACACCCCCUCGUGGCCCUCCGCCAACUCCUGGAGAUGGGGAUAUCUUCAACUCGCUGUCUCUCUGUGAACCCCCUAGUCCACCAAAUGGACCGCCACCAACUCCCCAGAAACACAAGGCUGAUAUUUUUGAUUCCCUAUCCCGACGUGAUCCUCCCACUCCUCCUGGUGGGCCGCCACCAACUCCGGGUCAUCGCGAGGACUAUGAUCUUUUCAAUUCAUUAUCCCGGAGAGAUCCCCCAACUCCUCCCAGAGGUCCUCCGCCAUCCCCAUGCCGCAGAGAUAUUUUCAAUGAGCUCUCUCGGUGCGAUCCACCAACUCCACCUAGGGGGCCGCCUCCUUCCCCAAGAGAUUGUGAUGAUGGGCACUACAGUGACUUAUCUCGAAGUUCCCCACCCUCCCCUCCUCCUGGUCCUCCACCAACCCCGCGAAGACGCUCGAGUAAAUACGAUGCUUGGACCCCAGAAGAGACGGCUCUGUUGAUUUCUGUUUGUCGGAGCGGUGUUGAAUUAGGAUGGUAUCAAAUUGCCGGCUUGUUUCACGGAAAAGAUGGCGACGUAUGCAGGCGCAAGUACCGAGAAAUUCAACUAUCUGAACAGCCUCUUCUCAAUGAUUGUGACAACAAAAGCUACGAAUCCUUGCUCCCGACCGAUGAGGUUCCUGGGCUAUCCCGUGGGCCGUCACCAGUGGGGUCUCCUCGUCUCACCAUCGAUUUUGAUAGUGACGUGGAAUGCGCUGUCGACUAUGGGAUGAAGACAAUUGCCCACUUAUCGGAUGAACUGAAUUCUGCCUUGGAAAAAGAGUGGGACAAUGUCAAAGGCCGUGUCCAGAACCAACACGCGUUCUCUACAUACUCCACAGGGAUUUGGACGAUGGGACCCAGCUUUCUCGAGAUGGCUGAGCUACAGUAG